AUGUCUCUGGUAGAAUAUACCGCCGAGCCACAAAACACUGACAUCACCCAACAACCACUACCUCCUCCGAAAACCCCUGAUAACGAUCAAAGUCAAGACCCUCCUUCAAGUGAAGGUAACGAUGACCAGGUGGACCCCAUCCGCUACAAACUAUUACUCAAGGUGAUCGACAAAGCUCUUAAUAAAUCAAUAGAAUGCCUCUCAGUUGAUAAUCUCUUGAAAUGCUACCCCAGUUUUGAUAGCCGACUGGGAAGGAAGUAUUUGAAGAAUUCGAUCGACCAAAUCAACGGUUUCUUCUUGAAGAACUCCAGCAAAGACAUAAAUGCCAUCCUAAAAGAAAAAUCGAUUAAAAAAAAGAUGAUGCAACUUGACUCAAUAAUUCAAGAUGGGCAGAAAUUAAAACAGAAAAAUGACAACGAUGAUAAGCUACACAUUGAGAGUUUGACCAGGAAUUAUUUGAUCGAUUACAAUUUAUUCUUGUCCAAAACUGAGUACAUGAAUGAACUAAAAAACAAGCUAAAUGAAUAUAAACAGGAUAAUCUAAAACUAAUACAGGAAUUGAAAGAUAUUGACGAUGAGAAUCAACGGUUUGUUGGUGAUCUCGAAGGAUCCGUUAGACAGAUGAAGGCACUUAAAAGGUCGUUGAACGUUGAUAAUGGUGAUGAUUUGGAUACAGAUUUUGAGGAAUAUAAUCAAUACUUUGAUCAACUAUCGAGGAGUGAACUAUUUACGUGA